UGUUCGAGGGAAAACGCUUGCUGGAGCGAUUCGAGGCCUUGCAUCUACUUUCUAUGAACGAAAAAGGAAUAAACACGUUUUGUUUCGUAGUUUUCCUCAUGCAGCUGGCAGAAAUCGUUGGAUAAAAACAAACGGAGUUCGAGGAGUGGUUAAAUGGUGUUGAACAAUCACACAUGAUUCUCCUGAAAUGGGAAGAAUGUAGAGACGAGACGUGAAUACAAUCAGCUAGUUUUCUUUUUUUUUCUUUUUUUUAUUUCGAGACGAUGGCGUACCCAAAUUAUAGCUCACUAAACCGAGCUCAGCUCACCUUUGAAUAUCUGCACACAAACUCGACAACCCACGAGUUUCUUUUUGGAGCUUUGGCGGAACUCGUGGACAACUCGAGAGAUGCCAAUGCCACACGGAUAGACAUCUACACAGAGAAGAGACCCGAUCUGAGAGGCGGGUUUAUGCUGUGUUUUCUUGACGAUGGCACUGGAAUGGACCCCAGUGAAGCCACUCACGUCAUCCAGUUCGGCAAAUCGAGCAAACGUUUCCCAGAGUCUACUCACAUCGGCCAGUAUGGAAACGGAUUAAAGUCGGGUUCCAUGCGUAUAGGGAAGGACUUCAUUCUUUUCACCAAAAAAGACGACAAAUUAACGUGCUUGUUUUUGUCGCGAACGUUUCAUGAAGAAGAGGGUCUGGAUGAGGUGAUUGUCCCAUUACCCAGUUGGGACGUGAAGACCCAGCAGCCUCUGACUCAAGACACUGAGAAGUACGCUACUGAGACUGAACUCAUCUUUAAGUAUUCUCCUUUUAAGAACGAAGAGCAGCUAUUUCGGCAGUUCAAGAAGAUCGAAGGACCCAGCGGGACACUGGUUGUAGUUUAUAAUUUGAAGUUGAUGGAUAACCGAGAGCCGGAGCUGGAUGUGGAGACGGACCACCAGGACAUUAUGAUGGCCGGGACGCCCGUAGAGGGAGUAAAGCCAGAGAGGAGGUCCUUCCGUGCGUAUGCGGCUGUCCUGUACAUCGACCCCAGGAUGAGGAUCUUCAUUCAGAGUCACAAAGUUCGAACCAAGCGAUUGUCCUGUUGCUUGUAUAACCCUAGGAUGUACAAAUACACAUCGACGCGCUUUAAAACCCGUGCGGAGCAGGAGGUCAAGAAAGCAGAUCACCUCUCGAAGCUCGCUGAGGAGAAGGCACGGGAAUCCGAGAGUAAAGCUCGUGCCCUGGAGUUAAAGCUUGGUGAUGACUUAUCCAAAGAAGCCAGAGCCGCACUGAGAAAGGCACAGGAUUCAGCUGUGGCGUUACGUGCCGAAGCUACUAGAAAACAAGCCAUCCAUGCAUCCAAACAAAAAGCUUUGAAAGAACCCAAGGAGCUGAACUUUAUAUUUGGCGUGAACAUCGAGAGACGAGACCAGGAUGGUAUGUUCGUCUAUAACUGCAGCCGUCUUAUUAAGAUGUAUGAGAAGACGGGACCACAGCUGGAGGGAGGAAUGGCCUGUGGAGGUGUUGUAGGAGUGGUGGAUGUUCCCUAUCUAGUGCUCGAGCCAACACACAACAAGCAGGACUUUGCAGACGCUAAAGAAUACAGACACUUACUGAGAGCCAUGGGAGAAUAUCUCGCCCAGUACUGGAAGGACAUCGGUAUAGCUCAGAAGGGUAUAGUGAAAUUCUGGGAUGAAUUUGGCUAUUUGUCGGCCAACUGGAACGCCGUCCCAUCAAAUGAAAUUCGGUUUCGCCGACGGAGAGCCAUGGAGAUACCGGUCACCAUCCAGUGUGAUAAGUGUUUGAAAUGGCGGACGUUGCCGUUUCAGAUGGAUGCUGUGGACAAGCGGUACCCAGACAGCUGGGUGUGUCUCAUGAACCCGGACGGAACCCAGGACAGGUGUGAUGCGUCUGAGCAGAAGCAGAAUUUGCCCGUCGGCGUUUUGAAAAAAGACAUCAAGUCGACCGAGGACAAACAGAAAGAUCUGUCCGAUAAAAUCCGUCAGCAGCAAGAGAAACUGGAGUCCCUGCAGAAAACCACAACAAUAAAAUCAGCAACAGAUAUAAAACGGCUGCCUCUAGAUGUCAGUACAAAACCUACAGAAGAGCGCACGCCUCAGCCGACCCGCUCAUCCCAGCGCGCAGCACCCCGCCCACGUUCACCACCUCUCCCUGCAGUGGUCAGAAAAGCUGUCAGUCAACCGCAGAUAACAAAAACUCCUCCCCCUAAACCAACUCCUCCUUCACGACCCACGCGGACCCCACCAGCACCUCCACCCAAAGCGAAGCCGUCACCUGCAGCCAAGGCAACAAAACCCGCCCCCAAACCUGUAGCCCCGCCCCCAACUCCGCCCACAAAAACGCCGGCUCGCAAAAGUGCCAUGCAGAGCCGCACUGCUACACCAUCGUCCGCCAAGACUGCUGGCAAACAAACUCCACCCAGCAAGAAAGGAAACAUAAAGAAGGGUAAAGUCCAAGAAGAAGAGGAGGAUGACGAGGAAGAAGAAAGUGAAGAGGAAGAGGAAGAAGAAGAGGAUGAAGACGACAGUGCGUCAGAAGAGGAUGAACCUCAACCCAAAAAAUCUAAGAUGGCGGCGUCUGUUCAGGCUCGAGGGAAAACUGCAGUGGAAAAAAAACCAGUAGCAGCGGCAGCGGCGGCAGCACCAGUCAAACUGACCACCACUGAGGUUAUCACGAAUAGCACUAAUGAAGAUCUGAAGAAAGAUGCGACAAAAAACAAUGCACAGAAAGAUAAAGGCAUGCAGGUUGAGGCGAAGGUGAACGGCGAGUGGUUCACGGGUCGUGUAACCGCGGUAGAGACGGGAAAGGACAAUGUACGCUGGAAAGUCAAGUUCGACUACGUUCCCAUGAACACUCCAAGAGAUCGCUGGGUGUUUAAGGGCAGCGAUGAUGUCCGUCUUAUGCGUCCAGCCUCUCCAGAGUCACGAAGUCCAGACACCAAUCAGGGUCCAGCACGGUCUGUGACUCCGCCCACCGCUGCUGAGCCGGACACGACUCAGAGCGGGCCGAGCAGAGAGACCACAGAAGGCCUCGUGACCAUGAUGAGGACGUUUAUACGGUAUUUUUUCCCGCCGGAUUUCCGAAUCCCUAAAGAUUCUGUGAACACUAUGAGUGCUGAGGACCUUGUGGCCUUUCCCAUCAAAGAGUAUUUCCAGCAGUAUGAGGCCGGACUCCAGAGUCUGUGUAACUCCUACCAGACGCGGGCCGAGUCUCGGGCACGAGCCGUCGAGGAGAAGAGCAGCGGGGCAGAAGCCAAACUACGCGAAUCUGAAGAGAAACUCCGCAAACUCAGAACCAACAUCGUCGCUCUUCUGCAGAAAGUUCAGGAGGAUAUUGAGAUCAGCAGUGAUGAUGAGCUGGACGCCUACAUUGAAGAUUUGGUCACAAAGGGAGAGUGAAACCCUGCAUCUCCUCUGUUUUACCUUCAUUUUCACUCUCUACAUUUGUGUUUCAUGCAUACUAAGAGUUCUAGCGGAAGACUGGAGAUGAUUGCUGGUCGGCCACAUAUCCAUCCCUAUAUACUGUGACAGAACUCUAAUGCAGCAAAAGCUUCAUUGCCAACUUCAACGCAUUUUUGGGUUCGAAACGCCACUCGGGCCAUCAGCGCAGCCUUGGGACAGACUGAACUUGUGGGCUUCAGGUGAU